GGGCGGCGCGGCGACGGCCUCGGGGCGGUUCCGCCUCGGGUAUAUGGGGACGGAGAACGCGGCCGCGGGCUGCACUCCGCCACCAGCGAGGCGAUGGCGGCCCCCGCCCGCGUGGGUCUCCGGCGCUGGCUGUCCUCGCGUGCCCCGGCGCCAAGGAUCUGCGUGGUGGGCAGCGGCCCCGCGGGGUUCUACACGGCUCAGCACAUCCUGAAGUUUCUGGCUACAGGAUUUUUGUGCAGCACUCCCUCUUGCCCUGCAUUUCUCCCAGAGCACCAUGACCUGGCACAAGUGGACAUCUAUGAGAAGCUGCCUGUUCCAUUUGGGCUUGUCCGUUUUGGAGUGGCACCAGAUCACCCUGAAGUGAAGAAUGUGAUCAACACGUUCACACACACUGCACGUUCAGAUCGUUGUGCCUACUAUGGGAAUGUCACCGUGGGCAGGGACGUCACGGUGGGAGAGCUGCAGCAGGCGUACCAUGCCGUGGUGCUGAGUUACGGUGCUGAAGACAACCGGGUUCUGGGGAUCCCAGGGGAGAACCUCUCUGGGGUUUACUCCGCCCGAGCCUUUGUGGGCUGGUACAAUGGACUGCCUGAGAACCGGGAUCUGAAGCCUGACCUAAGCUGUGAAACAGCGCUGAUCCUGGGCCAUGGCAACGUGGCUCUGGAUAUCGCCCGCAUCCUCCUUUCCCCACUGGAUUUCCUCAGGAAGACAGACAUCACUGACUGCUCCUUGGCAGCUCUAGCCUGCAGCAAGGUGAAGCGUGUGUGGCUGGCUGGGAGAAGGGGACCUCUCCAAGUUGCUUUCACUAUCAAGGAGCUGCGGGAGAUGAUAAAUCUGCCUGGUACCCAACCUGUCCUGAACCCCGCUGACUUCACAGGCCUCGAAAAUGCUGUUAAAGAUGCCCCCAGGCCCAGGAAACGACUGACUGAGCUGAUGAUCAAAACAGCCCUGGAGAAGCACAGGGAGAAGGCAGUGAUGGCGCAGGCAGCAGUCCCCCGGCAGUGGGGCUUGAAGUUCCAGCGUAGCCCCCAGGAGGUGCUGCCCACCGCUGAUGGGAUGCGGGUGAGGGGCGUCCGCAUGGCCCUGACCCGCUUAGAGGGCUCAGGUGACUCUGCCAAAGCUGUCCCAACAGGAGACAUGGAGGAGCUGGAGUGUGGGCUGGUGCUCAGCAGCAUUGGCUACCGGAGCCUGCCCCUGGACCCAGCAGUACCUUUCGACACCCAACACAGCAUUAUCCCCAACAACUUGGGCAGGGUGAUGGGUGUUCCAGGUCUGUACUGCAGUGGGUGGGUGAAGAGAGGACCCGUGGGUGUGAUCAUCACCACCAUGAACGACAGCUUUGACACUGCCCAGUCUGUGCUGGAGGAUCUCCAGGAGGGUGUGCUGGAUGUGUCUGUCUCCAAAGAAGGUUUUGGGGCUGUGGGUAGCAUCCUGCGUAGUCGAGGGAUCCGUCCUGUUUCCUUCUCAGAGUGGGAGAAGAUAGAUGCUGCCGAAGUGGCACGAGGAAAAGCUGCUGGCAAACCCCGGGAGAAGAUAGUAGAUCCUCAGGAGAUGCUGCAACUGAUUGGUCACUGAAGCUGCAGGGAUGGUCCACGCAGUACUGUCCUGGGGCAGCGCCAAGCUGGAAGCCAACCUGGGGAUGAACGUGGCACUGAGGACCUUCUGCUAACAAUGAACUCUGCAUUCCCUGAGUGAGUGACUCAGAACAGCUGAGGCUAUGGGCUGGCCCCAGAUCUCUGCAGCCUGCAGCUGCGGCUCCUAGGGGUGAUUUAUGUUGCCUGAGUCCUUCUGGCAUUGGCAGAUUGGACAGAGCAGGUGAGGGGAGAUGUGUGCUUGGCAGAAGCCUUGGCCUGACGCUACACUCAUGGCAAGAAGCACAGAGAAACUUUCUUGUGUCUUACUGCCUCCCCUUUAGGCCUCAAGCCAAAUGACUUCAUUGCCUUGUCACUCGUGUGAGCAGGCUUUUUUUUUUAAAUAAUAAUUGUUUUAAAAUAAACCCUUCCAGGAAAGACAAUUUGGACCUGCCACUUGAGUCUGGCUCCUUUGUGACUGCCUUGUUCUCAGGAGCUGCCAGCCCAGCUCGUGUCUGCUGCAGCUUGUCCCAGGGACAGCCAGCUCCUCUUGUGCAGGGAGGGACUGUUUGCUGUCUGCCUGCUGGGAGCUCUAAACAAAAGCUCUUAACAAAACAGACAAGGGCAUUAAUUUGCAUUCUGCCUUCCACAAUUGAACCCUGACAAAGCCUGGGUUCUAGCUUGUGGGGUGAAGUGGGAUAACAGGCGUGUAACUGCCUUGUUUUGGAUCACAGGAGAUCCCAUGUACUGGUACCUGCUGGAGCUGAAUCAUGCAGCAGUGCCUUGCUCCCUUUCACUUCGCUCACUGUUGGUUGGGAUUUUUUUUGCCUGUGUGUUUUGAAGCUUAUUAAAUGCUUCUCUUAGCCUAAAUUGACAGUGGUGACGGUGUCAGGAUUUAAGCCAGAUUACAAGCUGCGAGCAGUAAUCUCCUCUUUAUCCGUGGUGCAGAAGCCAGGCCAGCAUGGCCCCCUCCCCGCUGCCACCCACGCUGUCCCUGACCGCUGCAGUCACCUCGGUGUGAUUGGAGCUGCUCCCAGCUCUGACCUGUGUAAACAGUGAGGACGGCUGUUGCUUGUGGCUGCGUAUAAAAACAAAUUGGGCUCUGUGAUGGAGGCAGGGGGUAAAUCAAGCCGGGGCAGAUGGCAGUGACUGUCUCAGUUCCACGCUUAGCUACGAUCUCCUCCACAUUCCCUCCUGGGGUAGGGGAUUUACCCCUGUCCCGGUGCCGUGUGCCCAUGCCUGUCUCUGAUCCCAGGCUAGGCAAGGAAGAUCAGCGGCUUCUCUCUUUUUUUCUGUUUCUUUUUUUCCUUCCUUUUCUAUUUGAAUCUCAUUUGCAAGAUCAUUAAGAAACUCAGGAAAUGUGGUACUGGGAGCUCGUACGCAAACGAGCAAUAAAGCUUUUGUCGAACA